AUGUCGUCUGUCAACCAGAUUGCGGUGGACCUCCAUGGAAAUGAUGUGAUUUACUCUUUCUUAAAACGGUGUCUAGAAUGUGACGAUCUUCCUGGGAAACUGAGGGACCUAGUUCAACCAAUUGUCGACAGUAAAUCGACUAUCCCGUUCGUAACCCUAUAUGAAUGUCACUCAUGGUUGAAAUGUCGACAAGAAAAUCCUGGCCCUCUAUGGAAGCUGUUUGCUUCAACCACUGUGGUCCUUCCUGCACCCAAAGAACCUGUUAGGAACGCGGAUCUGGACAAGCGCGUUAAAGCACUGCGUGAGAAGUUUUCCAACCAAGCUUACGACAAAAUGGUUGAGGGCAUUGAGCCGAAACUCACUCUAUUUGACAGCAUGAAAGUUUCUGGAACAAAUUCCUCACUUUGUUCGGAACUCAAAUGUUUAAACAAGCAGAUGGUUAUGGUUCUGAACUUCAUAAUUGUUGUAUCAGCAGGAUUUGUUUUCGGUUAUUUCAUCCCUGAUAUGCUAUCCUCCAACCCUGACAUCAGCUUGGCAACGCGGCUAAUGUGUGGCCUAUCUGUUUCUCUCGUGAUCUUUUUUGCUGAUUUGUAUUUUCUUAUAAAAAACGUGUCAGAAGCUGAAAAAAUCUAC